GAAGAAGGCGGUGCUUAGUACGACUGGAGAACUGGAACGAUACGGAAUUCGGAACGGACCGGGCCGUGGGACAGUAGACAAGGAGGAGAGUCCCAAGAUGGCGAAGCUGGGAUGAAACGGUGUCGCAUCGUGGGGGCGGUUAGUCGUCGAUUUCUCACGGUAGACUGUGCAUCCGUUAUGCGCGUUAUCACCGGCAACUCGCCUUGACUUUCUACGGUCGAUCGAAGUUUAGCGAUCGAGAUUUUCGAUGCUGUACAAAUCGUAUUAUUCGAUCGCGAUAAAAGGCGCGAGGAAAGAAGAAGUGUCGUAUUCAUCUUUCUCAUCUUUCUUUUUCCUCUUCUUCUGCUACUUCUACUAUAACUUCUUCUUAUUCUUCUUCUUAUACUUAUUCCAUUUACUUCUUUCAUUAUAUUCUCUCGGUGUUAUCGAAAGGAAGAAAAGGAAAGGGGCGGGGAAAACGUGCGCGGGAAGAUUGACGCUAAAGUGAUUAAAUAAUAUAAUAUAAAAUAAAGCAAAGUAAAAUAAGAUAAAAUAAAUAUAAAGUAAAUAGAGAAAGGUAAAGAGAAAGGAGGAAAGUAAGAGAAAAGAAAAGAAAAGAAAAGAAAAGAAAAGAAAAAGCAAAGAAGAGAAGAGAAAAACAAAAAGGAAGAAGGAAUUGGCGGUGGGAAAACGUUUGAAAAAAAAAGAAAAAAAAAAAUAAGAAAGAAAGAAGGGGGAAAAACCGCGUGUGUGGGGAUCAUCAUCAUCAUCAACAUCAAUCCAUUAUCCGUGGCGAAGGAGAAAAGGUAAACAAAGCGGUAUGAGCGCGGUACUGAAUAGUGUUGUUGGAGGUGUUACUGGAGGUGGAGGAGGCGGUGGAGGUAACACCAUCACCACCACCACCACCACCACCACCAAUGCAGCCGUCGCUGUCGAAUCGGCAACCGGUUUACUCGAUCCCGACGUUGAGACCAUCAUCGAGGAAAAAAAUCAAUUGAUAAGCCGGCAAUAUGCAGAAAUCGAAAGACUUCAAAGAGAACUCAGAGAAGUCAUCGGUGAACGUGAUGCUCUGAUCUGCGAGGUAUCAAAAUUCAAGUUCGAGCGCGAGAUGACCGAUCUCAAACGUCUCCACGAUGAUAGUUUUCCGCAAAAAAUGGAAAGGCCGUCGUCGCACAGUUCGAACGUUAAUCAAAUGCACGGAGGUGCCAAUAUACAUGGCAUUUAUUCAUCUGGAAGUCAGACCAGUCUUUCAACGUCCUAUGUUACUGGGCAAUCUUAUAUGCAGGGACAAAAUUACGUACACGGUGCAUACUCAUCACCAAACGUACAUGCAGGCUAUCCGCAUACGAGUUACUCUCAACCACAAAGUUAUGGUACAAUGGUACAGGGAUAUGGUGGACAACCCCAAAUGGGUUAUCAACAGAAUCAUCUUAAAAAGGGAACCGUACGAAACGGCGACGUCUUGAAGAGAUGCAGACUUCAAACUGCGUACGAACUAUCUCAGGACCUUCUUGACAAGCAAAUCGAGAUGCUCGAACGAAAAUAUGGUGGUGUUAAGGCAAGGAAUGCCGCAUUGACGAUACAACGUGCGUUUAGGAGGUACACGCUGUUGAAAAAAUUCGCUGCGAUAACGGCAAUGGCUAAGGCGGAGAAAAGAUUGAGCAGAAAAUUACAAGAUCCGGUUGAUCGUCCAGUUAACGCCAAUGAUCACGAAAGGAUGGCCUAUCACAGUCAAAUAUAUAUACAACAGAGUCAAACGGCUAAUAGACCAAUGCCUAUAAGGAGUAUGUCGCUUAGGGAGAGGAGACACGUCGAUAAUUCUCAAUCGCCAAUACCAAGAAGUCAAAGUGGCAGGUGUGAGAUUCAAAUAGGUGGUGGUGGUGGUGGAGGACAUCAACACGUUAAUCAUAGCUUGCAUCAAAGUGGUAGGCAUACACCAUCUUUGGCACCUAGCCCGUGCAACAGACAUCAGCCUUUACCUCCUAGCCCUUGCUGGGAAUCGAGUUCUCAAGAGAGUGGCUCCAGCAUCCAUUACUACAAUCCACAGGAUACCUUGUGUGGUCUUAGACAAGAUACACCCCCUAGAGAUUUACUUCGAACGCCAUGCACUUCUCCGUCUGGCCCACACAAUCUUCAGACCCCGAUAUCGCAGAACUGGAACAACACGAGCCAACUUAGCUCUACCGGUAGAUCCAGGGGUGGUUCCGGUAAGAAAGUACCACCGGAAGUUCCAAAAAGAACGUCUUCCAUCACGUCGAGAUCAAUGGAACCGCGUCACAAUGGUCUGAGCAAAAGCGUAGAAAACGGUAGCCUGAGCUCCGUCCAAAGUUCCGGUAGCGACUCCACCAACUGUGAGAGUUCCGAGGGUGACGCUCAGAGAGGGUCACCAGUAUGGAAACACAAAGGAAUCUCAAGUUCACCGGAGCAUCAAGAUUGUGCAACACAUAAUACGGACACUGGAACGAUAAUAAAUAGCGUGAAGGAUCUUGGACAUUCCCAUGCUAGUUCCAGUUAUCAAUUACCAUUAAUGGAUCAUGCCGAUUCAAUACCCCAAACAAGUUAUAAAGUAUCCGAGACAGUGAGGAAACGUCAAUAUAGGGUUGGAUUAAAUUUAUUCAAUAAAAAACCAGAAAGAGGAAUAAGUUAUUUAAUAAGACGUGGAUUCCUUGAGAACAGUCCGCAAGGAGUUGCGAGGUUUUUAAUUAGUAGAAAGGGAUUAUCUAAACAAAUGAUCGGGGAAUAUCUUGGAAAUUUACAAAAUACGUUUAACAUGGCGGUACUAGAAUGCUUCUCGCAUGAAUUAGAUUUAUCGGGGAUGCAGGUCGACGUUGCACUGCGAAAAUUCCAAGCGUAUUUCAGAAUGCCAGGUGAGGCACAGAAGAUCGAACGUUUGAUGGAAGUGUUCAGUCAACGUUAUUGCCAAUGUAAUCCCGACGUUGUCUCGAGAUUACGUUCGGCUGACACAGUAUUCGUAUUGGCAUUUGCUAUAAUCAUGCUAAAUACAGAUUUACAUACGCCAAAUUUAAAACCAGAACGUAGAAUGAGACUCGAUGAUUUCGUUAAGAAUCUCAGGGGUAUUGAUGAUUGCGGUGACAUCGAUAAGGACAUACUCGUUGGUAUUUAUGAAAGAGUCAAGGACAACGAAUUUAAACCGGGCUCCGAUCAUGUGUCCCAAGUUAUGAAGGUUCAAGCUACGAUAGUUGGGAAAAAACCAAAUAUGGCAUUGCCGCAUAGAAGAUUGGUCUGUUACUGUAGAUUAUACGAGAUACCGGAUAUACACAAAAAGGAAAGGCCAGGGGUCCAUCAAAGGGAGGUCUUUCUUUUUAACGAUUUACUCGUUGUUACGAAAAUUUUGAGCAAGAAAAAAAACAGCGUAACUUACACGUUCAGACAAAGUUUUCCACUUUGCGGAAUGGUCGUGACAUUAUUCGAGGUUCCUCAUUAUCCAUAUGGGAUAAGAUUGUCUCAGCGGGUUGACGGCAAGGUCCUAGUUACAUUCAACGCAAGGAACGAACACGAUAGAUGUAAAUUUGUUGAAGAUCUUCGUGAGUCGAUAAGUGAAAUGGACGAAAUGGAAACAUUAAGGAUCGAAACGGAAUUGGAAAGACAAAAGAGUAGUAGAGGUGCUAGAGGGGGUGCAGAAAAUAGAGAUUCUGGUGUGGCCGACGUUGAAGUUUGUCCUUGUCCGGGACCAUGUUCCGAAAGAUCAGAAACAGUCGACAUGGAUACACAAUUGAAACGUUCCGCUCUGAGUAACUCGUUACUAGAUAUACACGAACAAUUCGCUGGUGAGAAACCGCAACGCCGUGGGAGCGUUGGCUCACUAGAUAGCGGUAUGUCAAUUUCAUUUCAAUCUACUUCUGCGAGCUCUAUGAGCCAAGGUAUUAAACAUCCUGGACAACAAGUACAUCCUGUUCAUCCAGGUGCCACGAUUCCUGGUGGUAGCAAAGGUCUCACUCAACAGCCAUCUUUUUUAGGCGGGCUCUUUGCUAAACGCGAACGAAAGCUAUCCCAAUCGGAUGAUUCAACACCUUAUAGCCGUACUACGGAAGUAUAAUGUAUCCUUCCAAUAGUAUACAUAUAGUAAGAUUACAAAAUGGAAAAUAAUAAUAACAACAACAACAAUAACAACAAUAACAAUAAAAAAAGAAACCAUAUUAGGUUUUAUUUUAGUACGCUUUGUGAAAAUACUUGAUUGUCAUCUGGGAUUAUAUAAAUUACGAUUAUUAAAAAAUAUUAUGAUCGAACGAAGAAGAAAACAAAAAAAAAAAACAAAAAACAAAACAAAAAAAAAAAGAAAAAAAAUAGAGAAAAAAAUCAGCGUGAACAUAUAGUUUCGAAUCGAAAAUACAAAAAAUCAUUAUCUUUAUGUCAUAUGCCCGUUACAACAAUAAUCAUUGUCUCUCGUCAUCGUUAUUCCAUUUAUUACAAAUUUUAAUUAAUUUAAGUUAAUCCUAAUCGGUUUUUUUUUUAAAUGAUCAUAUUCUCUAUGUAAUAUAAUAUUAUAAUUGGAAAAAAAAAAUUGGAACACUUUACAAUUGUAUAAUCAUGCGAGUACAUUUUAUAUUAUUGUAUCGUUAUACCUUAUAAAUACGUAUUUUCUAUUAAUUGAAUUUCUCUAAGUCCGUAGUCACAAUGUGUUAAGAAGUUAAAGCCGAUUUGUGAGGAUUUAAGAUGCCGAAAGUUCCUGUAUGGACCAAAAGUUUUGUAGAUGAUUUUAUUUAGAUCGAUUAUUCCUACUAUGAGAUCUUUCAGAUUAAUCUCUUUUCUUCUUUUUCUUCUUCUUCUUUUUUAUUUUCUUCUUUUUCUUUUUCCUUUGUCCGAGAUUGUAAAACUAUCGAGCGUAUCUUACACAAUUCGAGCCCGUCUAUGCAUAUAUAACAGUCUCUAAAAAGAGUAACAGGGAUAUUUACAAAAAAAAAAAAAAAAAAAAAAAAAAAAAAGAAACACUUAGACACUUUUUUGGAAAACUGCCCGGGAACUUUCGUAUUCGUAAACCCUUUGUAUUUGGGAAAAUGUUAGGAAGACAAAGAAAAAAAAAAUUGAAACAAACAAAAAAAAAAAGAAAAGAAAAAAAGAAAAACAUACGAAGGAUCGUAAU